UUUCACAUCCUAUAUGAUGGAUCACAAUUAUUCUGUAUUCCAAUUUAAACUGUAACAGUUCUGCUACUUUUGGCACAUUGUGUACCAUACUUUCCUUUAUUAUUAUUUGCAUAAUCUAUUAUGUUUUAUUGAUAUAAAAUUUCAACAAAAGUUCAUUUUAUUUAUAGGAUAAUACUUAACAAAAUUACUAAUUGAAGAAUAUUUAGCAAUUUUAAAGCUGCUUGAUUUUUAAUGGGUUAAUAUAGAAAAACAAAAGAUAAAAAGUAUUGAUUCGAUAGAAUAGUAAAUAUAAAGGUCAAAGAAAAUAUAAAUACUUAUGAACAAUAUACUUAAUAAUGGAGGUAUUAUUCCUCAAUCAUUGCAACAACCAAGAAAUGAAAUAUUAUCUAGUAGUCAUAAAAAAGUACCUGAUUUAUUGGCGAUAGAAAGCCAUAACUGGUUACUUCAUAGACAUUAUACCAGACAUGAGUAUUUGUUGACAAAAAAACUUAUUGAUUAUGAGUUAGCAAGGUUUGAUAACAAAAAUGAAUAUGCUAGUUAUUUAAAAGGAGUAAUUUUGAGACAAGAAGGUGAUAUUUAUACAUCUUUAGAUUAUUUUAGAAAUUGUUAUGAUGUGAAUUCAAUAAAUAUCAACAAUCUAAAACAAAUUGCUAAUUCAUUAUACCUUCUAGGACAUCAUAAGCACGCAAUUGAAUCUUAUUUAGAAGCAUUAAAAAUUUCUAACACACCAGACUGGCAAAUACAUCAAGGACUCGGAGAAUGUUACAUUGCUUUGAAAAAUGUUGAUCAGGCAGAAGAAGAGUUAAAAAAAGCUUUAGAGUUGACAAAAAAUGUCAAUCCAUCUUUGAAGCUUGGAAAUUUAUUAAUAACUCAGAACAGAGUUCAUGAUGCUAUAGAAGUUUAUAAAACUUCUAACGAAUAUUCGGAUAAAAAUAUCGAAAUUGAACUCGGAAAUACUUAUCUCAAGCUGAAUGAUAUUAAAAAUGCUUUCCAACAUUAUGGAACAGUAUUAGCUAAUUUUCCUAAGUGUAUUGAUGCAACAAUACCAAUAACAUAUAUUAUUCAAACUUAUGGUGAAUUCGAUGUUGCAUUAUCAAAAUAUAAAUCAGUAUUGCAAGUAUGCCCAGAAUCAUUUCAAGUGUGGAAUAAUACAGGCAUGUGUCUGUAUAAAAAAGGAAAACAUGUAACAGCAGUUUGUUGUUUAAAGAAAGCUCAUUUUUUAAACCCAUUGGCUCUAUUGCCGUCAUUGAACUUGGGAAAAAUAUUUUUACUUUCUGAUCAACCAGCUUCAGCAGUCGUUUAUUUUUGUGCCGCAAUAUCUAAUGCUCCUGAAAAUUUCAUACCUUAUUUAUUACUCGGACCAUUACAUAGAUUAGAAGAUUUUGAUGGUGCUGAAAAAGCGAUAUGUAAAGCUCAUUCUUUAGCUCCUCAGAAUCCACUAGUACUAGUGAAUUAUGCAGCGAUUCUUGAAGUAAAUAAAAAUUAUGAAUAUGCUCGCGAAAUCUUAUCUAAUUUAAAAGAUAUAUCGGUCGUGAUGGAUAUUGAAUCACAGAUUGGUGCAGCUACUAAAAAAAUAUUACAAGCUAUAAAUAAAGCAAAUUAAGGAUUCUAUCUUUUUAUAACUAAUAAUGAAAAACUAAAUAAUAAAUCUAUUGGGGUGCUGGUAAAAAUUGGUUGAUUUUGGU